CAACAACUUAGCGAAAACUUCUCAGAGAAUGCUCCAAAACUCAGCAGUGCUUCUGGUGCUGGUAAUCAGUGUUUCAGCAACCCAUGAGGCGGAGCAGAAUGACUCUGUGAGCCCCAGGAAAUCCCGGGUGGCAGCUCAGAACUCAGCUGAAGUGGUUCGCUGCCUCAACAGUGCUCUGCAGGUUGGCUGUGAGGCUUUUGCAUGCCUGGAGAACUCCACCUGUGACACAGAUGGGAUGUACGACAUCUGUAAAUCCUUCUUGUACAGCGCUGCUAAAUUUGACACUCAGGGAAAAGCAUUUGUCAAAGAAAGCUUAAAGUGCAUCGCCAAUGGGGUUACCUCCAAGGUCUUCCUCGCCAUUCGGAGGUGCUCCACAUUCCAGAGGAUGAUUGCUGAGGUGCAAGAGGAGUGCUACAGUAAGCUGAAUGUGUGCAGCAUCGCCAAGAGGAACCCGGAAGCCAUCACUGAAGUGGUGCAGCUUCCCAAUCACUUCUCCAACAGAUACUAUAACAGACUUGUCCGAAGUCUACUGGAAUGUGACGAAGACACAGUCAGCACGAUCAGAGAUAGCCUGAUGGAGAAAAUUGGGCCCAACAUGGCCAGCCUCUUCCAUAUCCUGCAGACAGACCACUGUGCCCAACCACACCCACGAGCUGACUUCAACCGGAGGCGCACCAACGAGCCCCAGAAGCUGAAAGUCCUCCUCAGGAACCUCCGAGGUGAGGGGACCGCUCCCUCUCACACAAAACGCACCUCACACGAGAGUGCCUAACCAAGGAGAGAUGUUCGCAACCUCACCAAACUAGUAUCGUUUUAGGGGUGUUAAUACACCA